AGAGGGAGGUGGCGGCGGCGGGGAGGAGGAGGAGGAGGAGGAGGAGGAGCAGGCGCCGCCAUGGCCGCCGCUAUCACCGACAUGGCCGACCUAGAGGAGCUCUCCCGCCUGAGCCCUCUGCCCCCCGGCAGCCCUGGCCCAGCGGCGCGGGGCCGGACUGAGCCCCCCGAGGAGGAGGAGGAAGAAGAAGAGGAGGAAGAGGAGGCGGAGGCCGAGGCGGUGGCGGCGCUGCUGCUGAACGGCGGCGGCGGUGGGGGCGGCGGAGGCGGCGGCGGAGUGGGGGGCGGCGAGGCGGAGACGAUGUCGGAGCCGAGCCCUGAGAGCGCCAGCCAGGCUGGGGAGGACGAAGACGAGGAGGAGGACGAGGAGGAGGAAGAGGACGAGAGCAGCAGCAGCGGCGGGGGUGAGGAGGAGAGUAGCGCCGAGAGCCUGGUGGGCAGCAGCGGCGGGAGUAGCAGCGACGAGACGCGCUCGCUGAGCCCCGGCGCCGCCAGCAGCAGCAGCGGAGAUGGGGACGGCAAGGAGGGCCUGGAGGAGCCCAAGGGACCGCGGGGCAGCCAGGGCGGCGGCGGGGGCGGCAGCAGUAGCAGCAGUGUCGUCUCCAGCGGUGGCGACGAGGGCUACGGGACCGGGGGAGGCGGAAGCAGCGCGACCUCCGGGGGCCGGCGAGGCAGCCUGGAGAUGUCGUCGGACGGGGAACCCCUGAGCCGCAUGGACUCGGAGGACAGCAUAAGCAGUACUAUAAUGGAUGUAGACAGCACAAUUUCCAGUGGGCGUUCAACUCCAGCAAUGAUGAAUGGACAAGGAAGCACUACUUCUUCAAGCAAAAAUAUUGCCUAUAAUUGUUGUUGGGACCAGUGCCAGGCUUGCUUCAACUCUAGCCCAGAUCUGGCAGAUCACAUCCGUUCCAUACAUGUAGAUGGUCAGCGAGGAGGGGUAUUUGUUUGCUUAUGGAAAGGUUGUAAAGUAUAUAACACUCCAUCAACCAGUCAGAGUUGGUUACAGAGGCAUAUGCUGACACACAGUGGAGACAAACCUUUCAAGUGUGUUGUUGGUGGCUGCAAUGCCAGCUUUGCUUCUCAGGGAGGGCUAGCUCGCCAUGUACCCACACACUUCAGUCAGCAGAACUCCUCAAAAGUUUCUAGCCAGCCAAAGGCCAAAGAAGAAUCUCCUUCUAAGGCUGGAAUGAACAAAAGGAGGAAAUUAAAGAACAAAAGACGACGCUCAUUACCACGACCACAUGAUUUCUUCGAUGCACAAACACUGGAUGCGAUAAGACACCGAGCCAUAUGCUUUAACCUUUCAGCUCAUAUAGAAAGUUUAGGGAAGGGACACAGCGUUGUUUUUCAUAGUACUGUAAUAGCUAAGAGAAAAGAGGAUUCUGGAAAGAUAAAACUUUUGCUUCAUUGGAUGCCCGAAGACAUUCUGCCAGAUGUAUGGGUGAAUGAAAGUGAACGACAUCAAUUAAAAACGAAAGUAGUUCAUUUAUCAAAGUUACCCAAAGAUACUGCCUUGCUUUUGGACCCAAACAUAUACAGAACAAUGCCGCAGAAGAGGUUGAAGAGAACUCUGAUAAGAAAAGUGUUCAAUUUGUAUUUAAGCAAACAGUGAACGACAUUUGCAAUCAACUAAAAAUUCGUCUUUCGAAUUAGGGCUGAAAAUUACUGUUAAAGAGUGUUGCAGUAUGUCUGGUGGCUCCCUUUUCAGGACUAGGGUUUUCUCAUGGAGUACAGUAUGUUAAUAUUUACCUAUAUAACUAAUCUGUUAACGGUUUUUGAAAAACCUCUCUUUCAAAUUUGAAUAAUCUUCGUAUUUCAUUUAACCUAUAUGACUCUAAUUUUUUUUUUCUGAGGAAAGCAUUUUUAGUUUUUGAGUUUUUUUUUCUUAAUAUAAGAAAAAUUGUAUUUUUUUUAAGAGUAUCUUCAAACUGAAUCCUUUAUGCACCAAAGUUGGUUUUGAAAAGGAAAAUAAAAUCACUUUCUUGCUUGGUUAGCAAGAAGCCAUAUGGAAUUUUUUUUAACUUACAGAAAUGGAAAUAUGUGUAACUUGUUAGUAUUGUAUCAAACAAAUGUUGCAUAGAAAUAAUAGAACAUUGCUUGUAAAUAAUUCAGCAGAUUUGUAAUAUAUUUUUAUAUUAUGAAAUGUACUGUAGAUGUUUUUCUAGAGGCAUGAAAGUUAAAUGUAUAUAUUAUGGUAGAAAUAAUAUUGAAGGAUAUUGUAAUUCACUAGUGCUGCCAGAGGAAUUGUUAAUAAAGCACCUUCUUUAACAAUAAAUGUCUUUUGCAGACUUAAGGGACUAUGUACUACUGUUAAUAUCUAUAAGAACAAAACACAUUGAACAUCCUUCCAGAAAGUCUUUGAGGGAGGACCUAUACCCAUAAUAGAAUUAUGGCAUUCAUUUCUGACAGUUACCGUGAAAUCAAUUUCCUUACUGUAGGAAGGACAUAUUGUAAAGUAUGUGGUUAUAUGCAGUCAAACUGCAGAAAAUACUCCUGAUUAAGGAGUUUUCACUUUACUACAGUGAUAUAAAAACCAGCAGUUUUUACAAAAUUUUUUAAAGAAAGAAUAGACAAAAAUAUAGAAUUAAGCCUUUGGUUCCAAAAUGGGAAAGGUUCCAUGAUGCAUAAAUCAUUUCUCGUUUGCUUUAAAAAUAAAAAAAUAAUAAAAAUUAUGGGAGACUUUAUUCGUUAACAGUGGGGUAAAGAGCUAUAUACAUGAAAUGAGUCAUAUAAAAUUAAUGAAGUGCAAAUAAAAGCACUGCUACUAUAAGACAUUCUGGAAAGGUUGUUUAAUAAGGGUAUUAUCCAUAUGAUCUGUAGCAAAUGUGAUUUUAUUUUUAAAAGGAAAAGAAAAGCAGUGUGUUUUCUUUCUAUUUUUUGUUUUCUUUUGCUUAAGCACUUCAUCAAUUGCUUUAUUCUGUAUCUGCGAAGUAAUCUGCAAUCUUUGUUUUUUUUUUUAAAUUUUGAUUUGUUAAAAAAUUGCCAAAUAGAAAUGUUUCAGAUAUAUAGUUUGUACCUGUAUUUUUAUUUUAUUGCCUCAUGUUCUUGUAAGUCAUUCUUAAUUGACCGAUGAUUGUAGACCUUGCUUGAGUAUUUUUUCUAAUAAAACAAAAGCAAAUCACAUUUAGCUUCAAAUUGUAGCAAUUCAAUUAAAUUUUUAAAAUAACAUUUGAAAAUAUCCAUUCAAUACUUUCUUUAGGGCCACCAUGAAUAAAUUAGUUUUUUUCAUUGUGUAGAAAUAGAUGUUAAAAUCAAAUUUCAUAGUUAUUGAUUAGCCUCUGAGUACUCAGUCACUCAUGAUUCUUUUACUGCUUAUCUGACACUAUUUUUAGCACCAAACCAAAAAGAAUGUGGAAUUAAAAUGAAUUUUGUGACUUGUAUGUGUACAUAUAUGCAGACACGUUCAAUUGUGACUGGAAAGUAAGUGAACAUUUUACUCUGUAAUGUACAUUUAUUAAUGUUGUCAUCUAAAUUGUUCAUAUUUAUAAUUCCUGAAAUAAUCACUGUCACUCAAAAUCUAUGUGUAGUUUAGUAUUGGGCAAACUACAACCUAUAGGUUGUACAUAACAUUUAUUUACAUGUUGUUUGUAAAUACUUUCUUCCUGCAGUGGUAGAGUUGAGUAUUAGGAUCAAUAGUACCUACAAGCCUAUAUAAUACUUACUAUCUGGUCCUUUAAGAAAAAGUUUGCUAAUCACUUUCUAGUUGACAGCUUUUUAAAAAAAUAGACAACAGAACUUGCAUUUUAAUAUGGUAAUGCUGAUUUUGAUAAUGAACUGGUAUAUUUAGUGAAAGCUUUUUAAUAUACUUUAAAUAUUGCCAUAUUUGGUACAUGCACAAAUGGUGUUUUAUGGGAACUUUUAUGUUGGAUUUCUUAAUAGUUAACAAUAAUCCAUUAUUUCACCAUUUGUAUUUUAUAUUUUGUUUUACAAAAUAGGACUAAAUGAGAUUUUGUAAAUCAGAUGUUUAUUUAAUCCAUAGGCAUAUCUGCUUUAUUUCAGUCUUAAAGUAGAAAAUACUGUAUAAUUUAAAGUUGUUUAUUUUUCUAAUAAA